AUGGCUCCCCAGCGCUGGACGACCGAAGAACAGUUCGAAUGGUUGUCGGCUUGGGGGUCUUCGUUCCGCCAACACCGCGAGGCCAGCACUCUGUCGCGUUUCUGGCCCGAGGUCGCCCGCGAGUGGUUCAAGGUCUUCCCAGAGCGGAACACCCUCUACCCAGAUUUCCACGGCCCGCUCACGGAGGACGAGGCGUCCGCGUUGGAUAAGGCAAUAGGGAACCGUGCAAAGCGACUGCGCAACUGGUUCAAUAACAAAAAUGGUCAGAAAGCACGCAAAGCGGAGUCCGCUCGUGUCGACCUAAGCAUCUUGAAGCCCCGAGGUCGACGGGCCUUGCAACCCACAGAGGUCUACUCUCGCAAGUACUAUAAGGAUCGCGUUAAGCCGCUGGUCGAUGAUGCCCUCAAAUCCGGGAACUACGACAAACCUGCACGACUGAACCUUAUCAAGCGUCUCACACGCGAGACGUACGAGGGCGAGGAUCCCGACAUCAAGGCCGAGGUUGAGGCCGAGGUACUCGCCGCAAAGCAGGAGCUCACUGAGUCCGGGGAUGAGGGAGGUGACGGGGAUAACGAGGAGCACGAUGCAACACCUGCGAGCUCCGUUAACGCCGUGUAUCGCCAGGCGGCGGUGGAUAACUUACCUGCUGUGAUGCGACAGCUGUUUGCUGAGCUGCGACGCCGCACGGGAUGGUACUUCUACACAGUCGGGGCUGGGCUGGAUGCCGAGGGGAGGGUGUCGAGUAUCGCCUUUCAUGAAGAGGGUUCGAAUACUGAUGACUUCAGUAUGUCGGUGCCGGACUUCGGGGAGAUUUAUGUUAGGCCGUUCAUUGAACAUGUAAAAGAACUCUUGGCCAUGGACAACGCCGGUGAACCGCUCGCUGCAGACGACGCCGGUGAACCGCUCUCUGUAGACGAUGCUGCGCCCAACGUUCCAGCCGUGGACCUGCCGAAUGUCAACGUCGUCGCACCCGAAACGGAACCAGCUGAACAGAACGCACUGCGUCCCGUCAGCAGCCCGUCGUCUCCCGCUUCCGACGAAGACGCGAGGUUGCCUCCAGCUCGUCCUAACAUCGCUCCGUCGCCUCCAUCCAUUGAUCCGCAGCCAUUGGCGCCACCUGACGUCGGGAUGUAUCCACCUGCUUCUCAGGAGCAAGACACGAUCGUGCUGCCGACGGCCGGGGCCUCCAGCUCCAAUGCAGCAACUAGCGACACAUCAGGGACGGGGCAAGUGAUCGUGAACGAGGGCGCAGCCCAUCCUGGCAAUGGUUAUGCUGCUAUCACCAGCGCCGGCGCGUACGUUGAGGACGAGUAUGAUUACUCGCUCCUCAAAGACCUCCCCUACGGAAGCUUCUCCGAAUUUAAUCCAGACCCGCCUCGUCUGCCUCAAACAACGCUAACUGACGAGCUCAUGGCCUUCAAUCAACACGCCAUGCAGCCUAAUGAAGUGGAAGCGCCGUCAGGGGUGCGCGAGCUCAACAACUCGACGACUGCACGUUACGCCACACUCUCUACGACAAGCCAUGUCAGUCAGGAUGCAUUCCCUUCGCUGGGGAUGCCUACUGCGGCUUGGAACACGCAGCCAUACUCCUUCCCGUCCAAUGCUCACUCGAGUAGCCGGCUCGCCGGUUCUUUACCCAGCGUGGGUGCCCCGUCUGCGUCCUCCUCGCAGGGCGUUCCUAAUGCUUGGCCUUCUUUGUCUACCACCCAGCCUGCGUUCUUCACGCCGACGACUCUCACUGUUCAGUCGACCACUACAGCUACGCCCGCCGCUGCGAUCCUGUCUGCUCAGUCCAAAGCAACAUCACCACGCGGCGUGCGCGCUGAUGACCCGCCUGCAUCCUCCUCGCAGGGUUUUCCUAAUCCUCCACCUGCCUUGUCUGCUGCUCCACCUGCAUCAUCGAGACCGGCGGCUUCGUUUGGUCAGUCAACCGCCACAGCUACGCCCGCUGCUGCAACCCAGUCUACUCGGCCGACAGUAACAUCGCGCGACCCAGCCUCUACCGCUUCCGCCGACAACAACAUGCCGGCCUUGUCCACGUCGUCCAAAGCCCCUGUACCCCAGCCUCCAAUUCUACCGCGGGUCACUUCGCGAUCACUGUCUGCAGCGAUCGCCGGCAGCUAUCUUCAACGCCUCAACAUCGAACAGCGUGGAAAUGAUACCACGUCUCCUACCGUUCCUAACGCUGCGUCUCGAACCGGCCCCUUGCUGCCUGCUACCCCAGCUCAGGCACCAGGCAAUGGCGCCGCCACUCAGCCUAUCGAGUGA